CAUGCAUAAACAAUGAAGAGGGUACUGUUAAGGUCAAGCCGUGUGAAAAGCCCUUAGCAAACGAAUUGCACACCGCACCAAGGAAUUUUCUUCGUGUCUAUCCACGUACGCAUUUGUUUGCACACAGCACCAACAAAGUACAUGUCUUUGGACUCUAAAUCGAAAUUACGUUAUAAUUAAUGUUAAAAUUCCUUUUGCUAUAAAUUCCGUUACUUGCGUUAACCACAACAGCAGUCAACGUUUGAAGUUACAGAGUUCGAGUUUAGUGUUAAACCUUAAAAAACACAGUUAAAAGAAAAAAUUAAACAGAUUUUCCACAUAAAAUUAUCUUAAACAUAAACAACAAAAUGCCUUGCCCAUGUGGAAGCGGUUGCAAAUGUGGCAGUCAGCCAAAGACCGGUAAUUGUGGCUGCGGCUCGUCAUGCAAAUGCUGUCCUUGCGGAAGCGAUUGCAAAUGUGGUUCACAAACUCAAAGUGGCAGCUGCGGUUGUGGCAGUGGUUGCCAGUGUGGCAUAUAACGUAUUUGUUUUGAUUUGUCCGAUAGACUUCUGUAAUAUUAUACCCCACAAAUAAGUGUAUACAUAUGUAUGAAUAUACCAUAUACAGCUUUUUGAAUAAAAUUUUUUAAUAUACCACUUAAAA